AUGCCCACUUGGAAGUUAGAAUGCCCUAUGUUCAAUGGCAAGAAUACUAGGGAUUGGCUCUACGAAGUAGAGAGGUAUUUUCAGUGUUUGGGAGUACCCCCAGAGCAUCAGCUUACUUAUGCCAUGCUUCUUUUGGAAGGACCUGCCCUCCAAUGGUAUCGUUAUAUUACCCACAAAAAUCCCAACAUCACAUGGGCAGAUUUUCGGGCUGCUAUGAUGCGUAGAUUUGAAGAUUCUUGGUUUGCAGACUUCAAUGUUCAGCUCAAAUCAUUAACGCAAACAGGUUCAGUGAUAGACUAUCAGGACCAGUUCGAGAGCCUCGCGUGUUUAGUGACUGGAUGGGACGAUGAAGCCCUAGUUGGGGCGUUCAUUGGCAGGCUUCAACCCGAAAUUCAGCUGUCAGUCUUAGGCCAACCAUCCCGAGAGCUCCAAGAGUGUAUGCAUGUUGCUAGACAUAAAGAGGAUAAAAUGAGAAGAAAACAAGAGAUAAGGAAAUCCUACAAGGAUGUUCAGAGGGAAAAGAAGCAUUAUGGGAAACCACCAUCACCUCGGGCUAUCAAGCUUGCCGCAGAGAAAUGGGAGCCCAGACACAUUUGUAGAACUUUCCAGCUGGUUGUGGUACUUGAGGAGGCCGGUGAGGGAAGUACCACGGAGACCCCCAGUGGAGAAGUUGAGGAGGAAGCUGCCCAAGAGCAGCCAGGGUCACCUAGUGGUGAGUGCCACACCGUUACCAACCCUAGCCGCCCCCGAUCUAUGCGUAUGGUUGGAGCCAUUCAGUCUAAAGGAGUGAUUGUCCUUCUGGAUUCAGGGGCCUCCCAUGACUAUAUAAGGACGGAGGUUGCUCAGAAAGUGGGUUGUACUUUGUCACCGCACAGAUCCCUCACCGUUGUUGUUGGAAAUGGUGCCCGUCUCACUUGCCAGCAUGUUUGCAGGGCAGUGAAUUUGAUGAUGCAAGGAGAUCUUUUUAUCGUAGACUUAUUGGUCUUACCCAUUGAGGGAGCCGAUGUUGUUCUAGGGAUUCAGUGGCUGGAAACCCUUGGGGAUAUUGUGUGGAACUUCGCCAGGAUGCGAAUGAGAUUCCAGAAGGGAGAGGGAGGUAUGAAUGUUACACUUCGGGGCAUUAAACCUAAUGUUUCACCCAAAGUAGCACUUAAGAUUAUUGCUGCCCAACACCUCGCUUGUUGGGUUAUCUCAGUGGCUACAGAUGUACCUCCUGCGGCCGAAAAUGACGAUGAACAAGUGCCGCUAGAAAUUCAGCAUCUCCUGAGACAAUUUGAGGACGUUUUUGUUGAGCCAAAGGGGCUCCCUCCCCCUCGAUCCUAUGAUCAUCAAAUUAAUUUGACCCAUGGUACUGAGCCUAUCAAUGUCAGACCUUACCGCUACGGGUAUGUGCAGAAGUCAGAGAUCGAGAGGCUAGUGAAAGAAAUGUUAGAAGGGGGCAUUAUCAGGCCCAGUAGCAGCCCCUAUUCCUCGCCCGUGCUCCUAGUGAAGAAAAAUGACGAAACUUGGAGGUUCUGUAUUGAUUAUAGAGCUUUGAAUGAGGCUACAGUGAAAGACAGGCAUCCGAUUCCAGUGAUCGACGAGUUUUUAGAUGAAUUGGCCGGUGCCACCGUCUUCUCUAAGUUAGAUUUGCGAGCAGGGUAUCAUCAGAUACGAAUGAGUGCUAAUGACGUCCACAAGACAGCUUUUUGA